ACAUCUGAAACAUUUGAAGGGUUUUGACCCCCUGCCAGAGACCAAAAGACCAUUCAAAAUGAGUCUAGAUGCAACGCAUAGUAACUUCUGAGCUAUCCGCCUGAUACAGAGGGGAGGAGGGUCUGCACUUUUGGUGCGGCUCUUAUCUGGAGAAUACGGCCUUCCAGCCCCCUGCAGUCAGCCUCUUCCACCCCAGGUACACGCCCCUCCAAGAGACCCAAAUCGUGCUUGUGCGCAGGCGCAAGGCGAGAGCGUCGCUCGGCGUCUGUGUUUUGUCGCCUGGAGCUUCUGUGCACCCGAGUGGUUCCCCCGGCUUCAUUUCCCUCUUCGCCUUGGGCUCGGGGUUGCCCCUGCCCCUAAUCCAGGCCCUCUCUAACUCCUGCUCAGGCCAAGCCCGGCGCGGCCUCUACCCUCUGACCCCGUGUUGCACAAUGCCCGAGCAAAGUCUCCGGGGGUGUGUACCCGGGCGUCUCUGCCCCUGGGCGGGGACGGGCGGCGGCCGUGCGGAGACCUGAGGCGGCGAACACGCAGCCGGCCCAGUCCGCGGGCCCAGAUCCCGCGAGUGCCGAGAGCCGCCGCCGCCACAGGCCCCCGCGCUUCACGGCCCCGCCACCAGGCCCGUCCGCCGCUCCCCUCACAGGCCCGCGCCGCCGCCGCAGCCAUGGCGGAAGUUCAUAGACGUCAGCAUGCUCGGGUUAAAGGAGAAGCCCCCACGAAAUCCUCCACACACAGAGAUGAGGAGGAGCUGGGGAUGGCGUCGGCCGAAACGCUGACCGUGUUCCUGAAGCUGCUGGCCGCCGGCUUUUACGGCGUGAGCUCCUUCCUGAUCGUGGUGGUGAACAAGAGCGUGCUCACCAAUUACAGAUUUCCCUCCUCACUAUGUGUUGGACUUGGCCAGAUGGUGGCCACAGUGGCAGUUCUCUGGGUGGGAAAGGCGCUCAGAAUAGUCAAGUUUCCUGACCUUGACAGAAAUGUACCUCGAAAGACGUUUCCACUACCUCUACUAUAUUUUGGGAACCAAAUCACGGGACUGUUCAGCACAAAGAAACUGAACUUGCCAAUGUUUACAGUUCUGAGAAGGUUCUCCAUCCUGUUUACAAUGUUUGCUGAAGGAGUUUUACUCAAGAAGACUUUUUCUUGGGGUAUUAAAAUGACUGUAUUAGCAAUGAUUAUUGGAGCCUUUGUAGCUGCCAGCUCUGACUUGGCAUUUGAUCUGGAAGGAUAUGUUUUUAUUCUGAUAAACGAUGUACUGACAGCAGCAAAUGGAGCAUAUGUAAAACAAAAAUUAGAUUCAAAAGAGCUGGGAAAAUAUGGUCUGCUUUAUUACAAUGCACUGUUCAUGAUUCUGCCUACCCUAGCCAUUGCAUAUUUCACAGGAGAUGCACAAAAGGCAAUGGAGUUUGAAGGCUGGGCCGACACCCUCUUUCUUCUGCAGUUCACCCUCUCCUGUGUGAUGGGGUUUAUCUUGAUGUACGCCACAGUACUCUGCACUCAGUAUAAUUCUGCUCUUACAACUACAAUAGUUGGCUGUAUUAAGAAUAUAUUAAUAACUUAUAUUGGAAUGGUCUUUGGUGGAGAUUAUAUUUUCACAUGGACAAACUUCAUUGGCUUAAAUAUCAGCAUUGCUGGGAGCCUGGUGUAUUCCUACAUCACUUUCACUGAAGAGCAGCUGAACAAACAGUCAGAGGCCAGUAACAAGCUGGACGUUAAGGGGAAAGGAGCGGUGUGACCGGAAGAUUGCUUCAGCUACGUAGGCCCAAGUUUUUAAUCAACUGGGAACGCUGGCAAUUCCUACAGAUACUGAGGUGUCUUGAUUAUGGAGAAAAUGCUAUUCCUUUGCACUUGUACAAUCAAGGAUUGAUUGCUGCCUUUUAAAAUUUUAUGAUGAGAGAAACUUAUUGACUCUAUUUUAAAUGUGUUAGAAUUAAUUUAUACCAGACUGGAAAAUGUACUGGGCUGUUUAAUUUAUUUUUCUUCUGUGCUGACAGUGAAACAUCAGUGUUUUGAAAAUAUUUUAUUCCAUUGUUUGAUAUCCAGGUGUCCCUGAGAGCUGCAUAGAUAAUGUGCUCCAACUGGAGCCUCAUCGUUCAAAUUGUUGCUGCAUCUGAAGGCACUUUAGCCUUUCUUCUGCUGGAAAUGCAGCCUAGUAUCUGAAAUUUCUCUUUAAAUUUUCUGAUGAUUGCAUUGUCUUCAUAAUAUCACUACAUCUGCCAAAGGCAACAACUUUGGCACUAAAAAAAUAUGUGGGCUUUGAAGUGUAUUGCUUUCCAUGUUGGCUUCCCUGAGAACUCAUGGGAUGAGCAGAGUGCAUUUCUUGAAAAUAUGCUGUUCCUUCUUUGUUAUGUAAGAUGGGGAUAAUGAGGGGUUGGAGGAAGUAGGCCUUUUACUCAUUUAUUCAUCUGAGUAAUUCAUUCCACAAAAAUGUAUUGUAUAUACAUACAUGCUAGGUAUUGUGCUAAGUGCAGAGGAUACAGAGAUACCUGGGAGGUAGUGAAAGAUCUCAUGCCAUAGUGACUGAAGGUAAGAUGCAGAACUUACUUAGCUCUAUUAAUCCAUUCAGAAGAUGUGACUGAGCAAGUGGUUUCAGCUCUCUCAGAAACUGUCAAUGGGAGAAGCAGCACCUGCCCUACCUACCCCACAACUGUGAGUCCAAAUGCUGCAGUGUGAGAUAAGUGUGUGUGAAAAGCUGCAUUUUGUAAACCAGUGUAGCUCAGCAUUGACCCCUUCUUUUUUGAGGGGGAAUGGCCGACAGGCAAGGUGACCACCAUCUAUUCCCCAUGACUUUUCCUUCUCUAGGUUUGGUUGCUACUCUUUUUACUCCUCUUUGGAUCAGUAUGAUGAAGUCCCAUAUUUCUGAAUUUAUUGGCUUGAGGAGAAAGUCUGGUUAGACAUUUUUGUAUUGUCAAAUCGUGUAUAAUUAUAGUUUUGCUAAAUGCAUAUGACAGGCUUUUAUACCUCAGGGCCCCUGGCCUGUGCUGAACCUUUUGGCUGACCAGAGCAGUACAGCAAUUUACAGCUUCUGCCCUUUCUGUGUUCUGAUUCCUGGAUGCCUCCUUCAUCUGCCACCAGCAUUUCAAGAUAAGAGAGAAAAGCCUGGGUAAGUUGGAGAUUGAAUAGACUGGCCAACCAUUUUUGGAGUUAGUGUUUUCAAUUUUUGCAGGCCUGGUGUAAUAUACUAGAGAUUUACCUGGUACUCUGGCACCUCCCAGAAUGUCUGGAUUUUUGCCCUCAGGUUGAUAUCUUACUAGGCAGAAAAUUCUUUGACUUAUUAUCUACCUCCUGGGAGAAAAAGAGGCAGUAUAGAGUUAAAUCCUUAAUUUGCCCUCUAAGUCAAAUCAGCAGUGGUGAGAAUUCUGAAAGCCAAAUCUAUGACUAGUGGCCCCUCUUCUUUGAGUCAAAGUGAAGUCUUCUUUUGCCAGUCUGCUUUUAGUAAAUGCCAGGUGGAUUAGAAUAAUGCUGUUUGACCAGAUUACACAUUGCCAACAUGUCACAUGAUUUUUAAUUGCCUCAUGUGGCUGUUGACUUUAUGAGUCAGUCAUUUGUAGAAUCCAACUUGCAUGUAGGUUUAAAAAAAAAAGUGCAAGUUUUCUGUAAUCCUCUUAUAUCAGGAAUCCAUGGAAGGUUUUGGUCAGUAAAGCUGAUGCA